GGAAAACACGUAAGUUGCUCAUCGAGUGGUGCAAUAAAUUGUGUUUUGUGUUUUAAAACGGCUAUAGAAGUGUCUUCAUCCUACAUAUAUUGUUUUCGUCAAUCCAGAGGUUGGAAGCAGACCAAUUGGUGAACGAUGCCUCCCAAGAAAAAAGAUGAUGGGGCUGCAGCCAUACCUCCUCUAAUUGGUCGUCUGGGAACGAAUCUCAAGAUCGGGAUUGUUGGUCUGCCCAACGUAGGGAAAUCAACAUUUUUCAAUGUACUAACCAAAAGCUCCAUCCCUGCUGAGAACUUUCCAUUUUGCACAAUUGAUCCAAGUGAAAGUCGUGUAGCAGUGCCUGAUGCUAGAUUUGACCAUCUCUGUCAGCACUAUGCACCUGCAAGCAAAGUACCAGCAUAUUUGAAUGUGGUGGACAUUGCUGGACUGGUGAAGGGUGCUCACGAAGGUCAAGGUCUCGGAAAUGCUUUCCUGUCCAACAUCAACGCAUGUGAUGCCAUCUUCCAUCUCAUUCGUGCGUUUGAUGACGAGGAGAUCGUCCACGUGGAGGGGGAUGUAAACCCUGCACGAGAUUUGGAAAUUAUCCACAAUGAGCUCCGACUAAAAGACCUGGAGUACCUAACCAAACAUCUAGAUGGACUAGAGCGUACUGUCGUCAGGGGAGGCAACAAGCAGGGCAAGGCUGAAUAUGACUGUUUGGUGAAAGUCAAAGAUGUACUCAAUGCGAAUCAGUGGGUCCGACAAUCAUCUUGGGACAAUAAAGAAAUUGAUAUCUUAAAUGGACACCUUUUCCUGACAUCCAAACCUGUAAUAUAUCUAGUAAAUUUAUCAGAAAAAGAUUACACAAGAAAGAAAAAUAAAUGGUUAGUGAAAAUAAAGGAAUGGAUCGAUGCUAACGAUAAAGGUGCCAUUGUGAUCCUGUUCAGUGGAAUACUGGAGACCAAACUGCUGGACAUGGAAGUGGAGGAACAAGAAGGAUACCUCAAGGAGCAUUCAAUUGUCAGCGCUCUAGACAAAAUCAUUGUCAAUGGCUACAAGGCACUUAACUUGGUGUACUUUUUCACAUCAGGAAAGGACGAAGUCAAAGCCUGGACUAUACAUAAAAUCACCAAAGCACCACAAGCUGCCGGUCGGAUCCAUACAGACUUUGAGAAAGGUUUUAUCAUGGCGGAAGUCAUGAACUAUGCAGAUUUCAAAGAAUUUGGUUCUGAAAGUGAAUGCAAGGCCAAUGGAAAGUACCGUCAAAAGGGUCGUGACUAUCAUGUGGAAGAUGGUGACAUUAUACUCUUCAAAUUCAACGCUGGAGCUGGAUUGUCAGAUAAAAAGAAAAAGUGAAGGAUAUUAUCAAAUAUUCCAGCUGCUUGUAGACUCCUGAUGUACCCAGGUAUUCCAAAAUGACUAUCCUGAUUAAGAUGACUUUGGUACCAAUUCAUGCAAGUGAAGCGCAUGUCUGAUGAAUUAACUGAGGGUGGAAGUGUAUUGAAAUAUCCCCUGUCAGUAUGUCGGGGACCAAAAUGUGAUCAACAGUGUGAAAUUCUCAACAGCUCAGCUAUUGAAUAUUGAAAUUUUGUUUAAUUUGUCCUGUUAUAAUUUUCUAUUGAUGCUUUCAGCUACUAUCAGAAAACCCUGUAGCAUUUUGCCAAUGAAAUUUCACUGUACAUGCCCUGUUUUAAUUAACAUAUGUGAAUUACCUCCCUUUAGAUGUUAAAUUCUUUCAUAAAAAGUAUUUUAAUUUUGACAUGUAUUUUCUUUCCCUUAUUUUUUUCUUCCAAUAAUCUUAACUUUUCUUUUUGUCUUGCAUGAAAUGAAAGGGAUAAAACUUAUUAAUUAUUUCUUCUAGAAGUUAGAAGACUAUACAGAUGUAAUAAAUGUUGUUUGGGGAGGUGAAGUGUUAAAGAUACAUGAUAUUCCCCAAAUACUUUCAUCAUAAUUUUUCAGAGGUUUCAUUCAUAUUUGGAGAAAAUUGGCCUUAAAUCUGUUUGUUCUGACCCCACAAAGCCAAAAAAGUCCCAAAGGACCUGUACGAGCCUUUCAUUUUAUUUGUCCUCAAGUCUACUUGUAAAAUUACUGUUAGUUAUGUUACAAGAUUAUGCCAAUUACUUCUAGAAUUGAUUUUGUUUUAAGAUUUGCUCGUCAUGUUUAUUUAGGGGGGAAACAGAAAUAUUCAUGCAUGUAUUGCAAGAAAAUAUAUUGCUUGUUGAAAGUUUAGAAACAUUCUUCAACUUAUGAAAAUCCCAUUGGUGAUGUUGCUUGUGGGUUGGGGAAUUCCACUGGAAAAUUUGCCUGUGAAAAGCAGGAUUAAAUUUAAAUUGAAUAUCCUUAAAUGCUUAACUUUUAAAUGAGGAAAAAUGAGUUAAAAAGUAUUUUUAAACUGACCAAACCAAAUUUAUGAUGAUAAAGUGAAGAGUUGCAAUUUGCUCAGUUGCUGCAAAAGUAUUGAUACUUUUAUUUUCACUAAAUAUUGCUUAAUUUUAGAGUCAAUAUUAAAUAUUAUGCAUGCCACUAUAUUGCAUAAACACCACAUAUUAUAUAAGAUAUUGUGCACUGACAGUCCAAGGGUUCCACUUGGACUUGAAGAUGUUUCAGUAUAGUUAAGAGGUUUUUCACUAGACAUAAAACCUGACCAAGGCCGAUAGGGUUUGAGGAUAAUCAGGGAGAUUAAUUAAAUUCCAAGUUUAUCUGUUUUACUAUCACUUCAUCUUAAAGCAUAUUUUCCAAGAUCACAGGUACACUGGACUUGACAGCACUGUUACUGGGUGUCAUGUACGGGACUCGAUGUCUGCCAAAAAUUGAUGCUUCAGAACAAGAAAAUAAACAAUGCAUUUCAUAGAUAUAUUAACAAGUUCCUAUAGAGUAUUUGACUUAAUAAAUAUUUGCCAGAGUUCCAAAGUAGAAUGCUGUUUAAUUCACAAAGGACUACAUGAAACUGCUUGAUAUUCAUGAAGUAUUGCAAAAUUUUGUUGAAUAUUAAUGAAAUGGUAUUGAUAUUCUGUUGAAUAACCAUGAAGUAAUUUGAAAUUACUUGCAUAUUCUAAAGAAAUGCGAAAGUAUAUUCAUAUUGCAAAAAUGCCAGCUUGGCUGACGUUUAACAUCUCCUGUAGAGGCAAGAGAGGAAGACUGGAAAACCAGGUAUUAAGGUUGAAAACAUAAGUUUGAAAACAAAAUCUGAUUGCUACAAUGUACAAAACAAAAUCUGUACAACGUUACUGUAUCAGAAUUUAAAUAAAUUGAACCAACAAGA